AUGGCGGGGAUUGCAGGCGAGACAGACGACCGCGAGAUGCAGAGGCUUGGGAUCCGGACGGCCACUCAGUGGACGGCGGACAGGCUCCGGGCAGUGCAGAGCGGAUUGAGUUCGAGAAAGGAGGGGGCGUGUCGGUAUUCGGCCAACGACGGCAGCAGCACUAAGAGAGCGAAGGAAAGAAAAACGGGGAACGCCAACGGCCUCGAACGGGAAAGUCUGGGACCGGUACGGAGUAAGGCCAAGAGACAUACGAGCGAGACGGCCGGAAGAAAUGGCACUGUCGACAGGAGCCUGCGCGAUGGAGCGGAGCGAAAACGGAUUGGGCGCCGGGGCAGCAGGCCGCUGGGACCGGAGGCCAGCCAAUCAGGCCGAGAGGCUGGCGUGAUGGGGGGAGCAGACCGUGGUGCUGCUGCUGCUGCCGCUGUUGUGCAAGGUGAGAUUGGGAGACAUGCAGGAGCUGCAGGUGGCGGAAGGAACGCCAGGGCAUUCAGGCGCACGGAGUCACGGCUAGCUGCGCCCCGAAUGGAUUAG